GUCGGUAUGAAAUUAAAUUACCAGUUUGUUGAUAAGCACACAAUGCACGGCAAUACAGGAAGAUGAUGAGAGAAAUCAGUGCAAACAAAAAGUCUGGCAGAAGAAGAUGUCGCUCAUCCCCAAGAAACUCAUUCGGUGAGAUUCAACCUGGAAUUGUCAACAGAAUGAAAGAUGUGUAUAUGGACAGUUGUGAAGAGUUAAAUAAGAGGCUCCAUGAUGUCAAAACUAGUAGAGAAGCGAAAACUACACCACCGAAUAGGAAACUGUCAAAGGUACAAAAAAUGAGAUCAGAAAAGAAGAACCGUGACACAGAUGACAGCGAAAACGAAGAAGAAAUGCAAAAACGAUUCAAUGCACUUAGUGUAAGACUAAACAAAUCGUUAAACUCUGGAAAGGUAAGCAGAGAAUCAUAUCGCGAAGACAAAACUUGUGCUAAUGACGUCACAGCAGCUUACCCUUCGAUGGGUAUCUCAAUCACAAACCCUCAGGACGUAAACCCGGAUUUAGGUCAUGCUUCGUCAUCGUCGAGUAGCAUUUCUAGCGCGAUGAAUUUAUACAGGAGUUCGGAUGAACAUCAAAGACUCUUGGUGGGCAGUUAUUCUAAAAACGCUAAAAUUUCAGCUAGAGUUCCUUACCCACAUUUGGAUCUUGGUCAUGGCGUCGACAACGUGAGGAUAGGAGGAAGAAUGCGGUCGACCAACCAUCAAUUGUUUGAUCAAGUUGAUCCGUUCAUCCGCGAAAGACAGUUUGAUUUUUAUUCAGCUGACCAUCACCGUGGUCGCGAAGUUGUUAUUGGAAGACCAAAGCUGACAACCGUCAAUUACAAAGUUGGCGAUUCUAUCAGAUUCACUUUACAUGACCCGUAUAUGGAAAAUGCUGCUUAUGCCAGAAACAAGAUCAGAACUGAGCCAUACAGUCGAAACAUUGAGCAGAAUAUGUCUUGCAAACAUUGUCACUGUUGUCAGUUUAGAAACAUGGGUGAAUCAAGAAACAAUAGGGCUGUUUCUACGAGUAUUUCACCAUCUCUUUCAUCGAAUAAAAUGGAGAAAGAUGUAAAAGAGAAAGAAGAUAAACGCAAGACAAUUAUUGACAGAAAUGAUGAUGUUCCAGGUACAAGUUGGCGAGAUGAAGAACGCGAGUCCAGUCAUUGGAACGCGUUCGCGCAGCUGAAGAAAGCAACAAUGCAAUGGAGAGAAAUAGCAAAACGAUACGUUCCCAAAUCCAACGUUGAAUUCUGGGAUACAUUGAAACAUGAUAUCCCGGAACCAAGUACAGCUGAUACUAUCACGCCAAAACUGGUAGAAGAAGAAUUGGCAACAGAAGUAAGAAGACAAUCAACAAAAGCUGUCUUGAAACCAAAAUCUUUAAAAGUGAAACGAUCACAGUCUUCCAGAAGCAAGGAUUAUUCAAAUUCUCAGUCAACUGGGGCAACAUCAUCUGAGGAAACUGAGUCUGAGAGCGCCGAAGAAGACAGUGAAGACGAAGAAGAAGAUUCGUCAUCAGAGGAAGAAUCUUCUGGAAGUGCGCCAUUUCCAUCUGGAGCGACGAGGGCAUGGGACAGACCAGAAUCAAGUAUCUGGACAUAUUCAUCUCAGCUACGGACGAAAGAAUGGGACAUGAAUGAUGUAUAUAAAUUAUCAGAAAAUAAUUCCAAUAUUUCAUUUUAUUCCGAAGAUAAUAAAGAUAUAAUAUAUGUUUAA